GUUCUGGGAACCCAAUUGUCGAGGCAGACACGAAGGACAUAAAAGACCUAAGGCUCUCGUCUUCCACCCCACUUCAGCCAGGUCCCAAUUCCCAACUUUGCCAGGUUCAAUUGCGCCGGCGUCGUCUCCUAUCGAUUAUGGCAGCAGCAGCAGCAACAUCAACCAUCACCAGAGUGCCCGUAGCAGCUUGUAGUAGCAUUUCUUUUUCUGAAACGAAAAGACGAAUUCAACCUACUCGACUGACAACUACCGAUAGAAUAAGACUCCCAGCACAGCGAUUCUCUCGAACCCGGAUAUGUCAUUUCACGACAGUAUCGUGUCUCCCUCCUGCGCCGCUGCCGUUGUCCAAAACCCAUUUCAAUCCCUCCACCAGGCUCUUUGUCAGCGGGCUGUCGUUUCGUACCACAGAGGAGAGCUUGACAAAUGCCUUCAAAGCUUUUGGCGAGCUCUUAGAAGUGAACUUGGUAAUGGAUAAAAUCGCUAAUCGACCGAGAGGUUUUGCAUUCAUUCGCUAUGCUACGCAGGAGGAAUCUCAGAAAGCCAUUGAGGGGAUGCAUGGCAAGCAAAUGUGACUAGAGUUUCCAAAUUCUGUACACACUGGAAUGGAGUCAGAUUUGAAUACACUUGUGAUCCAUUGUUUUGCUGUCCAAGUGUUGGAGAGGCAGAGUACAGGCAGCCUUUUGAGUUUCAUGCUAUUCUGUGCUUAAAGACGGCUGUUUCAAAUGCUGUAAUAUUGAAAGGUUUCAGCUUUGAGCUGUCUUCUCGCGGUAGAAUUAUCUGAUCUUUCUCUAUCAUGGUCUAUCUUGUUGGGAAGAAAAUUUGGAGCAUUUAAUAGGCAUGUCUAUGUGAAAUUUUUGGCAUCUGGGGUCUGCUGAUGCAUAAAGAAUGCAAAUCUUUUGUGACUAACACAAAUGGCAUCCACUAAAUUUGCAACUCUACAGACAUAUGAUGCUUGAAUAUGACUUGGGCUCCGAGUAGACUUCAAUACAUGAUAUCAAUGCACUCCCUGCAUAUUCUACAUGAUGUCUUCCACCUGUUUGGUUAUCAAAUCUUGUGUACUCUUUCUAGAAUUUAUGAUCUAGAGCUCUUUGAUACACUGUUGACAUCCUUUGAUAUGAAAGUUGCCUAGUGGGAGUGAAAGUUUUUCCUGACGCGAAGUUUACUUACA